GGGAGGCCUCGUUGCUCCAAGGUUUUAGGGCCAUUACGGCUAUUCAUGUGUCCUAUUGAAAGGCCUGUGUGGCCACACCCCGCCGGAGCGAAGUUGGACGCGGCGGAGCACCCACGACGCAAGCUGCAGACUGGGAAGACUAAGGGCUUUUGGGGUCUGUCAAACCGACCAGUUUCUUUCCGACUCCUUUUCUGACUUGAAUCCCGUCCCGACAGCAGAUUCGAUCAGCUUCAAACCACUUCUAAAACCUGUUAGUUUUUUGGGUUUUAUCACCGAUUGAUCAAAGAGCAAACUCUUUAGUUCCCUCCUUCACCCCCGCGGGCCUCGCCAUGCGGCAGUUGCUCUUCCUCACCGCCUCCUUCGGUCUCGGCGUGUUCAUCGGCAACAUCCUGCAGCCAAAGAGCAGCGAGUUUCUCGCUACGCCGCUGGUGGCCGCCGAUGCGUCGUCAAGUCCCAUCAACCUCACCGAGCAAUGCCAGGAGCUCCGUCGGCCGACGCAGCUGCGCUUAGAGGGCGACUUCCUCAAGCGCGACGGCGAGGAUGUGAUCAUGGAGCUCCCAGAGGUCUUAAAGUGCGACCCAUUAGAACAUUUGCUGAUCAUCAACCUCGAGGGCGAAGGUGGUCAGGCGCGAAGGGACCACAUCUACAGUGAGUUCGAGAAGGUGGGCCUGAAAGGACGCUUUAAGUUCUGGCCUGCCGUGAACUUCAAGAACUCCUCACGCCUGGCGAAGGAGACGAAGCGGAAGCACUGCCCGUGCGACUCAAAGGUUGGCUGUGCCCUCAGUCACCGCGAGAUCUACGAGAUGAUGAUGUAUGAGAAAUGGGCCUGUGCCACGAUCUUCGAAGACGACGUGGGCUUGGCGCAUAACUUCAGUGGACGAGUGGCCGCCACCGUCGACAGCCUUCCUCCAUUUGACGUCAUCCUUUGGGGCUUUUGCCCAGGUGGCAGCAAGCCGCGGCAUGAGUCGGCAGAUACCACGUCCAUACCCAAAGUGAUGUAUGGCUGGCCGGGCUCUUGCGUUCAUGCCUACACCGUGAGCCUGCAGGGCGCGCAUUUGUUGACCUCGGUGAACUCGCCGGUGCGAUACCCGCCCGACGGUGCCAUGGAUGGUCGACACUGGGGUACACGCGUGAGACCCUACAUCGACAGGACUCCUGGAAAGUUCACGGGUUCCUACUGGUACGUGCUCCCCAUGAUGGCCUACCAGGGUGUCGAAGCGGACAACCUGGGCGGCGGCGUGUGACGGAGCUUUGUCACGCCUUUAAGCGGCGAUCCUGGCUAAUGCGUCUCGCCUUCACCGCCCAAGAGCUGCACCAACGCGGCGCUUGG